AUCAAUAAUGAGAUAAAGAAGCAGGAUGAGAAGCUAGUGAGACCUGUAGCUGAGCAGAUGAUUGAGUUCAGCAUUUUGAUUACUGGUGAAAAGUACAGUGAGGAGCUGAGUGAUCCAACUGCUGUGAAGCAUCAACUGCUCUCUGAACAAUUCAUUUCUCAGAUCAAAAGUGUAUUUGAAGGACUACCUGGAUACAAAAGCAUCCAUAUCCUGGAUUACAGGUCUCCUGAGGAGGACAGUGGGGUGGAAGUUCACUAUGCUGUUACGUUUGAUGGAAAAGCUAUCAGCAAUGCCACAUGGGACAUGAUUAACCUUCAUUCCAAUAAGGUGGAGGACAACUCCUUUAUGGGCAUAGAGGAUAAUCCAACAGUUGUGUACACCAUCAGUGAUUUCCGAGAUUAUAUUGCUGAAAUCCUCCAGAAAAAUGCCUUGCUUGAAAACACUUCCUUGUCUUUAGACCCUAACUCUCUUCAACUUACUAAUGUGAAAGAAAUACUACACACUAUACCAGAAGACCACUCCUGGAUUACUGAGCAUCCAGUUGUGCUGGAGCGCCCGGAGUUUGAUGACAGCACCUUUUUAGCUGAACGGCCUUCAGCUGAUGAAUCAACUGUCAGCAAUACGUUGCCCUUCGAUUUCACCAAACCAGAUUCCAUGUCAGAUAGUGAACGGUCCAACGAUAAUGAAAUCCGGCCAAGACCAGAAAAUCUGGACUCUGAGGCCAGUCUGGCACCUGAAGCUCCACUCUCCUCAGAGGCUGACGUCACUUCUUUGCCUGAUGGGCUGAAUAUAGAGGAUGGCAACCAAACUCCUGAUUUGGUGACUGCACCAGUGUUAGGGCGUGAUUCUGUGGACUCUCUGGAAUGGCUUUCAGCCCCCAGUUCUUUAGAUGCAUUUGAAGACACUGGACUAUCUGAAGACCUUCUUUUGCCUUCAAAUCCUCCUCACUUUGUGCCUGAAGAACCUCCAUCUCCAGAUGAUUAUGCAGUUCCUCUGCUUUCUGCACCAACAGUGGCCUCUUCAUCAGUCAUAGACACUGAUAUUGAAGAAACAGUAUCUACUGCAAAGGAAGAAGUAACUUGGGGUAGUCUUGCAGGCAGUAGCAAUGCAGACUCUGUGUUGCAUGAGUCUGUGGAAGAAAUUCCUUUUCCCUUAGAAGUACGCCCUAUGGAAGAUGAAACUGAUAUAUAUCUUGGAGAUAGAAUUAUAUAUGAUGAUGGGUCUGGUUCAGCUUUUGAUGGUUCGGGAAAAGAAAUGGAAUCAAGUAUUUGGCCUUGGGAAGAAGCAACACUGGAACCAGUUUUCUACCCUGGUCCUGAUAGCUGGCUUGAAGAUGACAAUCAGUCUUUGUUAAUCAGAACAGAGGAUAUUCCUGAAGGCGUGAUCUUAGACUAUAUUCUUAACUCUAAGAAUAAAUUAGAUGGUGAUCGUUCCAAAGAUGAGAGUGAAGGUAUGGCCAGUAGAAAAGAUGAUUUCCUCCAUGAGUCUGAAGUAUUUGUCUAUCCAGACACUACAACUCCGCAGGUACCUCUGUUACAGACAGAAGAGCCAUCAUCUCUGGAACCAUCUACACAGAGAGAACCAUCGGGCAUGUAUGAUUCUUCUUUUGUUAAACCAUCCUUGGUUUCAGAGCCAUCGGUGGAUCAUUCCUUUGUAGACAUGCCAGCUGGAGAGGCCCCUGUCUCACCACACAAUACAAGUCUGUCUGUGGAAGAUAGUCUUCUUCCAUCUACAGGGACCUUCAGUAUGGAGCAACCUGAAGAGUCCAGUGUAGGUCAGAACAUGAUUUCUGAAGAAGUUGAAAACCAAAAAGAAGACAGGACAAUGGUAGAAGAACUAUUCACAGUGGGGCAAUCAGAUGUAACUGAAGCUGCUACAAUAGGCCACUUGGACACAAGCUCUUCAGAAACUGUUCUGACUGCAGAUCCUUCCACUGUAAACACUGAUGUUUCCACAGAAGAGCAGCAAACCCUGGAUUCAUCAUUGGCAAGCCAAGACACUACUGGAUCAGCAGUGAAGAAACCAGCUGAUGUUUGGUCUACUGAGAGAACACUAGAAACUGCCACUCAAGUUUCAGCUGCAGCUCCAUCUGUAAUAGAUGAGACCACUGUUUUAGAGGGCUUUGCUGUGCAGGGUGGUACAGACCAUGACACAUAUGUUUCCAUGAGCUUCAGCACUGUUAUGAACUCUUAUGUAACAGUGAGUGUAACAACAAGCACUGCUGAGCUUCCAUCCCAUCUCCCUCCGGUGGGAUCCAUGGCAUCAUCACCUGUGGCUACCUCAACAAAGCGGGGAGAUGAAACGACAAGAGUCAUGGAUGAUGUUUCAGUGGACCUGCAUCGUGUGAGCACUGUCCACUUUUCUCCUGAGCUGACUGAGGAGGGAAGGAGCAUGACUGAAAGUCACGUGGAGCUAACAACUCAUGUCCAGUCCACAGAAAUGGCCAGCGUGGCUUGGGCCACACAUGAAAAUCGCACUAGUACUCCUGUCCCGUCACGAGCUCUAGUCGUGUUUUUCAGUCUUCGGGUUACCAACAUGAUGUUUUCAGAGGACCUGUUUAACAAAAACUCCCCUGAAUACAAAGCGUUGGAGCAGCGAUUCUUGGAACUACUGGUGCCCUACCUUCAGUCAAACCUGACGGGCUUCCAGAAUCUGGAAAUCCUGAACUUCAGAAAUGGCAGCAUCGUGGUGAACAGUCGAAUGAAAUUUGCCAAACCUGUGCCUCGGAACGUCACCAAUGCUGUGUACAUGAUCCUGGAAGACUUCUGCAACACCGCGUAUCACACCAUGAACCUGGCCAUUGAUAAAUACUCCCUGGAUGUGGAAUCAGGUGAGCAAGCAGAUCCCUGCAAGUUCCAGGCCUGCAAUGAAUUCUCUGAAUGCUUAGUAAAUCGCUGGAGUGGGGAAGCUGAGUGCGUCUGCAAUCCUGGCUACCUAAGCAUCGACGGGCUGCCAUGCAACAGCAUCUGUGAUCUGCAACCAAACUUUUGCCUGAAUGAUGGGAAGUGUGACAUAAGCCCUGGGCAAGGGGCCAUCUGCAGGUGUCGUGUGGGAGAGAACUGGUGGUACAGAGGGGAGCACUGUGAAGAAUACGUGUCUGAGCCACUGGUUGUGGGUAUUGCAAUUGCUUCUGUGGCAGGAUUCCUUCUUGUGGCAUCUGCUGUCAUCUUCUUCUUGGCCAGGACCCUUCGAGACCAGUACACAAAGAGUGACACCGAGGACUCACAGGGGCAGGGUGACAGCCUCUCGUCCAUUGAGAACGCAGUUAAAUACAACCCUAUGUAUGAAAGUGAUACGACUGGCUACAGCCAUUAUUACCGGAGAUACCCUCAGCUAACGUCCUACAGUUCUACCAGUGCAGAGACAUCCACAGACUACAGCAGUGAAGAGAUCAGGCACAUUUAUGAAAACAGUGAGCUUACUAAGGAGGAAAUUCAGGACAGAAUUCGAAUUAUAGAGCUCUACGCUAAAGACCGUCAGUUUGCAGAGUUUGUUAGGCAGCAUCAAAUGAAGCUGCUUUAAGAAAAAAAGAAAACGGUAGAAUGCAUGUGGGAGAUAAAGACUACCUUGUUGCCAUAGCAAUGGGCUCAGAUGUAACUGCAAAGUUACUUAUAGUCUUAACAUUGCAUGGAUGGAUACAGAUGUUUUCUAAAUGAGUGGCUAAAAUGUACAGAUGUCUGUUUAUCUCAAUUACUUCUGGCUUUUCUGAUCACCUUUUAAAAAUGUCACUUUACACAGAAGUGGCAGAGGUUAGGAAAGUUCAUUUUUCUUAACUCUGAAAUGGACAGUGAAAGUUUGUAUACCAAGGCAAAAA